UGGGUUUGGUUGAGGUAGUUUGUUUGUGUGCGAGGCAGUCGGGGGCCGCAAAGGGGGGAGUCGGAGCCGUCUCAGGAGCUACUACUAACUGUUGGAAGAAGUUGUCAUACUUUUCCAAGCCAACCCUCCCCCCGUGCUCACAAGGUCUGGUCAGUGGCUGGUAGGUUUUUGCAUUGGCUGGGGCACAGGCUGCUCUUGGAAUCCAGGCCAUGACCAGCAGAGGAGCUGCCAGGCCGAAUGGUCAGUCACAAGCCAGUAAGAUCUGUCAGUUCAAGCUAGUACUACUGGGUGAAUCAGCAGUCGGCAAGUCCAGCCUGGUGCUGCGCUUUGUCAAGGGACAGUUCCACGAAUACCAGGAGAGCACCAUUGGUGCGGCUUUCCUCACACAGUCUGUCUGCCUAGAUGACACAACGGUAAAGUUUGAGAUCUGGGACACAGCUGGCCAGGAAAGAUAUCACAGUUUGGCCCCUAUGUAUUACCGAGGGGCUCAAGCUGCCAUUGUCGUGUAUGACAUAACCAACCAGGAAACGUUUGCACGAGCAAAAACAUGGGUGAAAGAACUCCAGCGACAAGCUAGCCCAAAUAUUGUUAUAGCCUUAGCGGGAAAUAAGGCUGAUCUUGCCAACAAGCGCAUGGUAGAAUAUGAAGAGGCCCAGGCUUAUGCAGAUGACAACAGUCUAUUGUUUAUGGAGACAUCUGCCAAGACAGCAAUGAAUGUUAACGACCUCUUCCUGGCGAUAGCUAAGAAGCUGCCAAAGAGUGAGCCCCAGAACACAGGCGGUGCCGUGGGUCGGAAUCGAGGUGUGGACCUUCAUGAGCAGUCCCAGCAGAACAAGAGCCAGUGUUGUAGCAACUAAACAGUGGCAUUAAAGCAGCCAGCAAGAGAUAAGAUAUAACCUCCAUUCCCAGCCCCACUCAGCCACACCUCACCUCCAAUAACAGCAUUGGCGCACUUGGAAGCCGCCCCCCUUCCUUCUCCUGAGAGCUCCGUUUAACUGCACUUCUAAUGCUUCAGAAACCAACACCAGACGUCUGUUACCACCACCCCAAGAAAAUGGAGAUAGACCGACCGGGGACUUAACUUCCAAAAACAAACUCUUCUUCACUUUGUAUUAUAGGUGCAAAUAGCUACCUACUUACUUGGAUUCCCCUGCUCUGUUUUCUCCCAGAUAAUAUUCCUUUCCCUCUUCCAUCUCCCCCCACACACUGUCUUUGCUCUCAUAAAAUCUGUGUUCUUGGUCCUGUAACAUCCACCCUCUCCACCUCCACCUCCCUUUAUUUUGUUGAAUGCUGUGGGGGUGGGUCACAAGUGAGGGGAAACUCAAUUCCUGUAGAUUUAUUUUUAAGAGCAAGAUUAAUGGAUUUCCUCAGAAAAUGCAGGUUUUUUGUUUUGUUUUUGAGGGGAUCCUUUGGAGUUUUUUUUUUUUUAAAAAAAAAUCAUUUGUUUUCAGUGUUCAGAAAAGCUGCAGUGUCCUUCAUUAUUUUUUUCCAGGGCAGCCUUUACUGGCUGGGUUGGAGAAGGAGCUUCUAUCUCAACUCUUGCUAGUGGCUUGCUUGCUAUGACAUGAAUUGUGACCCUAGGUUUCAGUGGCAUGAAUACAAAAAUCAUGUGUUUAUGAAUAUAGAAUAUAAGAAACAGUUUUCCCGGACCCUUGGAUAGUACUUGAUUGAUGCCUUAGAAGUUGUGUUGGCCAGGACUGUAGCAGAGGGAGGGGAGACUCAUUUGAGGAGUGUUGAUAUUGAUUGGCGUGGCUAGUGUUCCAUGCCAAAAGGCUACCAUGUCUCUCCUCCUGUUACCUUAACAUUCAGGUGAUUGUCUGCGGGUUGCACUUCAGUCAUCAGAAUCCCAUUAGGGGCAUUCUGUUCUCUGCUCAACAGGUGUGACCAGCUGUCUGAAGCAGGAAUGUGCAAAGGAGACAGAGCUCUCUUGUGUUCUCUUGGCCUACCACGGGGGAGCCUGUCAGAGUUCCCUUUUAAUAGGUUUUCCCUGCUCAGCCUGUGCUUGGCAAUAACAUACAGUAUGCACAACAUUGUCUAGUAGAAUGUUGUUCUAAGUUGCCAAAAGGAGAAACGCCCUUGCAUCUAUGGCAAAAGCCUUUUCCUAAUGAUUAUUACAGACAAAGACUUUUGGCUUUGGAGCUAGGAGUGCAAGAAUGAGAAACAAGACAACAUUCUAGAUGGGAGGAGAGAUGCUAGCAGGAGGACCAGUACUGUACAUUUUAUACCCUCUUCCUUGCCAUGGAGCACCCGGCUUGCCUUGUGACUGUUUCCUUACAUCUUUGUGAAAUCUCCUUGUGUACAAACUUGGUCUUACCUUAUGUAACAUUGUUGAGAGGUGGUGGAGCAGUCCCAUCUGUCUUCACCCCUUGGAUCCCCAAGGGCUGCCUAAACCUGAGAACUGUUUGAAUUAAACAUAGCCCUUUUAUGUUCAGUUUACUCUGUAAAUAGCACAGCACAGAUGUCUGUAAAAAUAAUAACAAUAAUAAAGGGGUGGGUGGUUGUGGGGUUUUUACUUCCCUGCUAUUAGGUAAACAAAGUAAUAGCUUUUUAAAUUUAGCUGUAGAUACUGCUGAUCUGUAAGAGUAAGCAUACUACUAUCUCUCACUCACAUCUUACUCUCUGAACAGCUAGCAACAGUCCACUGUCUUUGUAAGGAAUGUCUCCUUUCCCAAAAGCAUUCUUCCAACCCCCUUCCCGCAGCACUCACUUUCUUAAAGCUUCAAACAUGAACAUAUCUUCUGAAGUGGAGCUGUUCCCCCUCCUCCCCAUGCUGUCCUGACUUGGCUUCAAGAUAGCUUACAACCAAUAGGAGCAUCUCUUGGGUGUAUUCCGAUGUCUAUGUCAUGCAGAUGUCUCACAUGAUUGCUGCUGCGGCAGAGCUUGGAAUGAGCCAUGCUUAAACACAUGUGCACAUCCGUUCCCGAUUAUUUCCCCAGGCACUGUUUUCAACACUUGGAUUUUGCACAUGUACCUGUUCCUAUUCACUAGUGCAACUUAAAUACUGAUAUCCACCCAAACAGUGUGGGCAUCUAGGACUUAAACUUUGUUCUUAGCGACUCUUUUAGCCAUAUACUGAAACUGUUAAAUCCUACGCUGCUGUCAGCAUGUGGUAAAUGUCUAUUGGGUGGCAGCUUUAUUAAACUAGAAGCAACUAAGGAAGGAGCUAAACUGACCUGUCUCCUCAAGGCAUUAGUAAGAAUACUGCAAAGCUCAAUUGACUUAAGUUGUAUAUGUGGUAACAUUUUGCCUCAUCCAAUUGACAAAAGUGCAGAGUUGGCUCUUGAGAUGUAAUCAGGCUCCUCUCUAUCAUUGUACAUGCAACUUUUGAUGAUGCUCAUGAUUAUAAAGUCUAGAUCACAUUAAGAGUACCCCAGCAUCUUUCCCACAUUUAUUCCAAGCUCUGAAACUCCAUUUGGUGUCAGGGUAGAACUCUGUGAGGGAGAAUCUUGAAAUGGAGUCUUGCACCUUCAGUUACAUUCACUGUAAAACCUUUUUCACUGACAGUUUUGUGUUUUUGUUGUGUGCAUAUAAUGUGGUGUUUGUAGCCAUCUAGGAGGACCUAGGAGCAGGGAAUAAUGCCUUUCCCCUUCCAAAAAAGCUAAGGUGCUGUAUUGCUCUCAGUUCAUGGCAAAGCAAAAACAGAUUUUGUACUUAAAUACCAAAAAAACCCAACCCUACUGCUUUCAGUUACUGCCCACAAAGUUUUUUACUACGUCCUGGCUAGUUCCUGGACCAAGUGAGGACACUGCAGCUUUUUCUUAAAACAACAAAAACACCCUUUUUCUUCCACCUAUUCUUUUCUUCUGAUCAGUUUUUUUUUUUUUUUUGCUUUUGAGAAAGCUCUUACAUUGCAUUUAAAAUAACAAUCAUGGUAACAGAAUUCAACUGCUGAUUUACCGAUGUAUUUAAUGUAAGUAAACAAAAAAUCAGUGUAUUAGA